AUGAGGUCCUCACUUGAUCCUCAUCGGAAUUUCCGUACCGACCCUUCCACUAAAAAGGCCCAGGAUGGCAACCGAAUUAUUGAACGAAGCUCCGCACCCAGGAAUCCAUAUGCCCACAAUAUUCCAGUCACGGAUUUCCUGAGCAACGUUUCUCGGUUCCAGAUCAUCGACAGCACACUGCGUGAAGGUGAACAAUUCGCCAAUGCCUUCUUUUCAACAGAAAAAAAGAUCGAAAUCGCCAGAGCAUUGGAUGAUUUCGGGGUGGACUAUAUCGAACUGACCAACCCUUGCGCCUCUGAACAGUCGAGAAAGGACUGUGAGGUUAUUGCUAAACUUGGACUGCAGGCAAAGAUUCUCACCCACAUUCGUUGUCACAUGGAAGAUGCCAAAAUCGCAGUUGACACUGGAGUCGAUGGUGUCAACGUCGUAAUCGGCGCAUCUCCCCACCUCCGCGAACACUCCCACGGAAAAGAUAUCGCGCACAUCAAGGAAACCGCCAUCCAAGUCAUCAAGUACAUCAAGUCGCGGGGCAUCGAAGUGCGCUUCUCGACCGAAGACUCCUUUCGGUCCGACCUCGUCGAUGUUCUAUCUAUAUACUCGGCCGUUGAGCAAAUUGGGGUCAACCGAGUUGGAAUUGCAGACACCGGUAUUGUUGGGUGUGACAUUGAAAUGCAUCUCCACGAUGACUCGGGAUGCGCGAUCGCCAAUGCGUAUUGUGCGCUCGAAGCCGGCGCUACGCAUAUCGAUACCUCUGUUCUAGGGAUCGGCGAGCGCAACGGUAUUACGCCGCUCGGCGGAUUCCUAGCACGCAUGACGUCGGUUGAUGCUGCGUAUUGCAAGGGGAAGUAUAAGCUUGAGAAACUGCAGGAUAUCGAAGGGCUUGUUUCUGAGGCGGCUGGGAUUAGUAUUCCGUUCAACAACUAUAUCACCGGUUUCUGCGCCUUUCCAAGGCAGUAUUCAUGCAAAUGGUGUAAUCAGUAA